AUGGCGUAUAAGAUUCUCCAGAGGAGAUGGCUUCUCAGGCCAUACAUGUGGGCCAUCUUUCCUCUAGAGCUGGCCGGGCUCAUCACUGUGCUCGUCCUCUUCGGCAUUGCCCAGCCGGAUCUAUAUCGAACCAAGCUGUGGGAAGUCGGCCACGCCUACGGCUUCAACUCGAGCCCCAACAUUAUCCUCUACGCCUAUGCGAACUUUGAGCCGUUGCCCAAGAUUCCUCUUGUAUGGACGCGGACUCUAACCGACUUCAAUGUUGCUCUCUCCGUAAUAACACUCUUCCUCUUGCUCACGAAGCUUGUGUGCUUCAUCAUGAAGUUCUGGUUCCCCCUCCUCGCCGUCAUCAUCAACGUCUGUAUGGUCGCCAUGUACACCGUCUCCGUGUACGGCCAGAUGGGUCCCGACCACGCGGACCCGCGGUACCCGAGCAGCAUUGCAUGGUACAUCAGCAAGCCGUGCUCGCUCGGCCGGCCCUUCAAGGCCGAGAAGUCGUGUCAGCUCGCCAAGGGCACGUUUGCUGCCACCGUGUACAUGCUCGCCAUCUUCAUCGCGAGCCUCGGCAUCGCCGUGUACGUGUGUCUGCCGAACAAGUGGGACAAGAUGGACGACGAGGAGGAGGGCGCCGCCGGGUCCGACUCGAACAGCUCACCCGUCGAUCCCAAGGAGAGAGAAUGGGAGCUACACAACAUGAAGGGCCCCGCGACGCCAAGGGUCGUGCCGUAUACUCCACGCACGAUGGCUUUCCAUACCCUAGAUCGCAAGUUGCCUUUGAGGCAACAGUAUGGCUGA